AACUCGGAUUGAUAAGUAUGAUUCAGUGGUCAGAAUAUGAGGAAAUGAUGUGUCAGUCAACGGGCUGGAAGGGCGUAUUCCGCGCUGUACCUCAAUCAAUCAGUCAGUAAUUAGGUUUGUGUUAGCUGGGUGAUGUUAAAUUAAACCCUGAGAGGUUUCUGUUUCCCCCCUCCCGUCUUUAAGACGUUUCUCCAAACUAAUCCGAUGGAACGCCUCAGUAGCGGUCAUUUCAAUUCCACUGCCUUGGAUUGCUUUGUUUGUAAAACCGUUGUAUGAAGGCAGGUAGUUUCUUUAAAGCGGAGGGGAAGGGGGAUUGAUGUGGAAUAUUAUUUCCUACAUCAGAGCACAAUGCAAAAUGUGGGCAGGUGCUGCUAGGGGGGAUAAAAAUGAAAAUUGAGUGCGAGCAGGACAGUAGAGGGUGCAAUUUCAAACCGGCAUCAAGGUGCAUUUGUGCAGAUUGAGUGAGGGAGCGCUGUGUGUUGCGUCUUGUGCGGUUGCAGUGUCAGGAUGUGCUUGAUAUUCGACACUACGUAGCAAAAGGAGGGAAAACGCUCCAAUCUCUAGUUUCAUAUGAACGUCAAAAAAAAAUCUCAGGCAUUUAAAUGCUUAAAAAAUCACGAGGAGCUUGCUAACAAACCCCCGUACGUUUAGCAGCGGGUGUUUUCAAGCCAGAAAAUUAUAUAAUACAUAUAUAUUUUUUUAAAAGGCUUUGAGCAGCCCACUGAAUGAGCAUUGUGGCAUUUGAGAUCGAGGGCGGUGAAAAAACAUAGCCCUCCCACUGUAACAGACAAGUCAGGAGCCAAGCAGCCGGUGGAUGUGCCUCGCACACAAAGCUUGCUUUGUGUAGUGGGCGAGAAGAUUGCAUCUCCUCGAUGCACAACACUUUUUUUUGCAUCACGGAUGCAGUAUUUUUUGCAUGCUGCAGAUAACUUAUCUAACCUGAGCUGCGGAUUUAUUAUUCUGCAUUAGUGCAUCCCCCACGUUAUUAGCAAUGCAUCGAGGUUAAACGCAAAACGAUCUUUUUUUUUGAUCGUCAAAGAUUUAUUUGGCUCGUUCAGCUGCGAGACCGAAAGGCUGGAAGCUUUCAGGUCGCAAAGCCCACCAAAUGCUGCAUUGUUACAAUCUCUCUAAUUGUCUGCAUCUCGAGAGACUAGAGGACCAUGUGAAGCCGGACGCCUCCCUUCGCCCCCCUCAUCCUGCUCCGUGCGCCAAGCAUGGUGCCGCGGUGGCUGUGCCCCCGCUCCCGGCUGUCGCUUGGGGUAGCCCUGUGUGUCUUUGUCCUCUGCUGGCUCUACGUCUACCCGGUCUACAGGAUUCCUAACGAGAAGGAGAUCGUCAGCGAGAUCUUGCAGCAGGCGAAGUGGAGGAGAAACCAGACAGCCAUCGCUGAUUUCAGGCAACUACUGCAGCAAUGCUGUGAUACACAGAGGCUUUUUGCAGUAACCAAGUUGAACUCUCCAAUGGGAAAGAGCCUUUGGUUUGAUGGAGAGUUCCUCUACUCGCUCGCUAUCAACAAGGAAAUCUUCUCCAUGUUUCCUCAGGAUACACCGUUCCAGCUGCCAUUGAAAAAGUGUUCAGUGGUUGGAAAUGGCGGAAUUUUGAAGAAGAGUAACUGUGGCAGCUUAAUCGACGAGGCAGACUUUGUCAUGCGCUGCAACCUCCCCCCUCUCUCCAGUGAAUACACCAGCGAUGCUGGCUACAGAACACACCUGGUGACUGCAAAUCCAAGCAUCAUUGAGAAAAGAUUUCAAAACCUGCUGUGGUCUCGGAAGUCCUUUGUUGAGAGCAUGAAAGUGUAUGGCCGGAGUUACAUUUACAUGCCAGCCUUUUCCAUGAAGACUGGCACAGAUCCAUCCUUCCGAACGUACUACACCUUGUCUGACUUCAGUGCCAACCAAACCAUACUCUUCGCCAACCCGGACUUCCUGCGCAACGUGGAGAAGUUCUGGAAGAGCAAAGGAAUCCAUGCCAAGCGUCUCUCCACAGGUCUGUUCCUGGUCAGUGUAGCCUUGGGCCUCUGUGAAGACGUGACCCUUUAUGGAUUUUGGCCGUUUUCAAUAGACCUGCACGGUAACAUGAUUAGCCACCACUAUUAUGACAAUGUGAUGCCAUACUCAGGCUACCACGCCAUGCCGGAAGAGUUUCUCCAACUUUGGCUCUUGCAUAAGAGUGGCAUUUUAAAGAUGCAAAUUGGUAAAUGUGCAGAUGGCCCAAAAUAAUCUUCAUUCCAGAAGAAGAGGUUUAUAUUGUACAGAUUUCUGCUGUUUCCCUUUGGGUAAAAUCUUAUCAACUUGCACUGACAAGAUGUUCCAUUUUUUUCUUGAGUGAAUGGAGAGCAUACCCUAUUCAUUACCACAAAUGGUGAAUGGAUUUACAACAGGCAAGGGUGAGCCCAAUCUCACUUCCAGCACCCGACCUGCACUGUGCCUGGGGUAUUAUGUUGAAAGGCAUAAAUGAGAGACUGUUGGAGGGAUGGUGUCAUUUUAUACUUCUACCAGGAAGCAAACAUAUUGAAUGCUUAGGAAGUUCAGAGGAUGAGUUUCUACAAGGCUGUGUAAAUAUUGUCUUUGCAGUUGUUGCUGAAAGAUUCCCAAGGAGCAUUGAAACAUUGAUGAACAUAUCACCUUGGUUACUGGACUUAUCUGUUAGGUUGACUGGGUCCAGGGUUAGUCUUGGUACAUUCUGUAAAAGUGCAUGCACUAAACAAAUUCUUUUACUCAUUUCUGUUUUGUUCCUAGGAAUUGUUUUGCAAGCAUUUCAGUCAGUGUCAAGGAAUUAGCUUUGUACUUUUUAAAGAAGGUGGAUCUUUUGAACCAGCAUAAACAAGUCAAUCUCAAUCAGUUUUGCCUUAAAUUUGCAGAUACAGAAUAGGCUUCCACCCUUGUGUUGGUCUAUAAAUUUUAUUACAUCGUUCCAUUGUGAUUUCUCCUUUGUUCCAAUGUGGUCUCUUGAGACAGCUGAUGAUUUUUCCCACAGUGGGCAUGCUAUUGAAUACAUAGAAAAAGGCAGAAGCCCAUUGAUGUCAUAACUUACAAAAAUACUGACAGCAGUUGAAUGCAUUUGUUUACUGGAUGUUUUUGUGUACCUCUCUCUAACAUAGGAAAGGCAAGGUAAUUACCUGUGGGCGGGGGCUGGCUUGAUUGGCGUUCAUACUACUGAAGAUGGGAGUGUUGAGAGCAACUUUGCGAUCUCCACAGCAAGGUAGUAGGGAUCGCAAAACUGCUCUCGUCAGUUUGUAUGGAUUCCUGAGAGUAAAGAGGGCAGAAUUACUCUGUACGCUUACCAGUUGUGCAGCCUAUGUUUUCAGUAAGUUAUAUUUUAGGCCAAGAGUGAGUGUCAAUUAUUUCACCUCAUUUGGUACAACAAAUCUUUGAUCUCCUGAUUAGAACCUUUGGCAGUCCUGCCUUUAAUUUUCUAUCAGGUAUCUUUGGUCAGAAAGAUUUGUGGAUGUAGCAGCAGAGUUGUCUGUCUGGUGUCAUUUUUUUUAAAAAGAUGAUCUUUUCUGACUCAGGUUUAAAGCUAUUUCCAAUACAUUUGUCCUUCACUAUUGUCUUUAUGAAAAUAUUUUAAAGAGAGGUGACUUUUUUCUUUGUAGCAAAUCCAUGCCAAAUUCUGGGAAUGUAGGACUUUCAGAAGCACUAUGUCUCCCUUCUGGUGAAACUUAUUUGCCCUCGCGUCAGGAUUUUCUCGUGUUGAUAUAGCCAGUGGAAAGGAAUAUGGGAGGUUUUUAGUGAGACACACAGGUUUUGGGGAUUCUGGAUCCUUAUGGUAAAUACGCUUGCAUUGCCAUGUCUCUGAGGAAUUCUGGAUUUCACAAAACAGGUUUUAACUUUGCAAAACGUAUUGCCAAUUUGUACACAAUUAAGGAGGAUAAAAAGGUAAUUUCUUAUUCUUAUAGUAAGUGGUUUUGUGAACUUGUAACUUAGACAAAAUGUACUUGAAUAUUCAUGGAUCUGCCAAGUUACAUAAAUACACUUGGCAUCUCCUGUUGUGAGGGGCUUUUUGACUUCAGAAAGGAAGUCAUUGUUGGACUUAGAGUCUAGAGUGGUAUAAGCUUUCAAUCCCAGGAGACGGUGAGGAAUUUUGGGUUUUUAACUCGGCAGCCUGCUGCUUUCCAACCUGUGUUUGGAAAGUGUCAGGAAUUGGGCUGUUGGAUGGAGCAUUGUCAAAAAGCAGACUGCUUCACUCCUAGUCAGAGGCCAGUCCCUCUGAAAGCUUCCUUCCAGCUUGCUAAAAUGCUGAAUUUACAGGAAGGAAGUAUAUAACCUACUAGUUGUGUGGAGGGAAAUCCUAUAAAAUGAAAUAAACUAGAGGCUGCAAACAAAAUAAAAUAGGUUCAAGCCCACGUGGGUCAGUAUAAUAUCACAGAUUGUGAAUGAUUAGUGGGUGUCAUUGGAUGUUUGGUCUAUUAAGUGCUUAUGUGAAAAGCCUUGUAGUCUCUUUUGAAGGUUUUAGAAAUAGAUCUUGUGGAAAACUGUUGAAGAAUAGCAUAUCCUGCGGGGGUGGUUGAGUAGCUAUUGAAGCAUUGAGGGAUAAAAGUGUUUAAGAGGUUCUAGAUAUCCAUAUCUUUGUCUGUAUAGUCAUUUUAGGUUCUGGUUAGCAAAGUAGCUACAAAUUGUCAGUGGGAGUCUAUUACUUUGCUGAUGGUCCAAAUAAAAUUAAUGUGAAAUAAAGCAGAAAAGUAGAGAGAGAAAAUACUCAGCUAGUCAGGCAGCAUCUGUGACGGAGAAACGGCUAUAGUUUCAGUACAAAGACCGUUCAUCAGAAACUCUGAAUGUGUGUGCCAACAGUUAUUUAUGUGCUGAGCUCCCGUAUUUAAUAUUUUUUUAAAGGGGCAAUUAACAGUGUUUUGUGUGUUGUGUUGUCAGUGUGUAUAUGAGCCAAAUGAUGCAGCAGAAUAAUGCUGCAUCUUGAGAAUACAAUCAGCUACUUGGACUGUUCUUUACUGAACAGCUGACAUGAUUUGACCUGGUUUCCUAUCUGGCUACCUCAGAUGUGUGUAUAUGACUUCUAUCUGCCUUAAUUAUUCUUCCGUCUGAAAAAAAAGGGUGCAAAUCUGAAGGAAAACAGAAAUGAAAAGGGCCAGAUUUUUAAGGCCAAUAUUCAAACUGGAUGGUUUUUAUGAUUCUGGUGCAAUUAAUUUAUGGUGUAUUCCUGUCAGGAGGAAUGUAAUACUUGUUCAGCAACAUAGAAGAAGGAAAAGGCAGGAAAAUGGGGUUGUGAGGGAAAAUAGAUCAGCCAUGAUUGAAUGGCAGAGCAGGCUUGCUAGGCCGAAUGGCCAAAUUCUGCUCCUAUAUCUUAAGGUCUAAAGGAAUUUGAUUCUGGUUCCAUUUUAUGUACAGACUGAUUCUGUUACGACUGAAUUUUGAGCAUUUCCACUGUUGAUAAGUUUGUUCAUUGUUAAAUUGAUCAUUUGACUUCUGUCUUUCCAAAUUAAUAAUUAUUUUCUUCUAUUUCCAUAAAUGUGUGACUGAAAAUAUAUAAAUCAAAUUUAUUUCAAGUCUUAAUGAGUCCUGUAACAGUUUAAUAGAUAAUGUCGUGUUCAGUCCAUUUCACAAUAGAAGUAUACUGUAAGUCUUUACAGAUGACAUUUGCACAUGUAAUCUUUAAUAGGAGGUUCUGUUUUAGGACAAUGCAGCUAUAGUAUUUUCAGUUCUUUAGAUUUGUAAAUCAGAAGAUACUGUAUUUUAUUGAGUUUUUGAAAACUUUUGUCACAACAAAGACAAGGAAAUUACUGGCACACCAACACUAAAUGGGUGUCCAGUUGUCGGGCAUAUGACUUUAUUGUGAGCAACACAAUCGUCGUCUGAUUGUGAUCGAUUUUUAAAUGUAGCAUGUGGAUUUAAAAAAAACAGAACUGUAGCAUGAUGUGUUAACAUUUUCCCUGUUCAUUUCCCCGAUAUUGUUUCUGGAAUCGUAAGCCCCAUUGUAACUUGGAUUGUUUUACGAUAUUCGUGUCAGUGUGUCUUUUGAGAAGUAUGUACAGUUGGGAAUGAAACUGUAAUUUCAUGUGCAACCAGGGAGAACACUGCAUGCCAACCAGAAGCUGUGGUGUAAAGCCUGAGGCCUGAGCUGUCGUGGAUGGGAACACAUUUCAGAAGGAGGACUUCACAUUUAUUCUAAUGCAAAAUUCUGCAUAAGAAUAACAGCAAGGAUUUCUAUUUACCGCAGGGCUGUGUUUAUGUUUGAAUUUGUUGUCCUACUCGAAUAUUGUUUAUGGUAAAAUACUAUUGGUGUUCUAAUUUAAAUGAGUUCUCUUUCAAAACUGAUGCCUGUAUUUUAAUGUUGUUCCGUUUACUACCUGCAGAAUUCCAACCACCUUUCAUGUACGUUCAAAGACUGAUCAGACUUUGAGUGCUAUGUUAUUUUACAGGCAGUUGAUACCAGAAGGGAUUUUCUCCCCUCAGUUCUGAUCCUUGAAUUGCUGCUGAAGUUCGAAACUCUCUAGUCUGACACCCUUGGGACCUGACUCGUGCCAGACCACUGGAGCUGAGCAUCAGAAUCAGCUUGAGUAUCACUGGCAUAUGUCGUGAAAUUUGUUGUUUUGUGGCAGCAGUACAGUGCAAUACAUAAAAAAUACUUUAAAUUACAAUAAGAACUUCAUAUAAAAAUUAACCAAGCAGUGCAAAAAGAGAGCAAAAAUAGCGAGGUAGUGUUCGUGGGUCGGUUCGUUGUCCUUUCAGAAAUCUGAUGGCGGAGUGGAAGAAGCUGUUCCUAAAACAUUGAGUGUGUAUCUUCAUGCUCCAUUUAUACUGCCUCCCUGAUGGUAGCAAUAAGAAGAGGGAUUGUCCUGAGUGCUGGGGGCCCUUAAUGAUAAAUGCCGACUUUUUGAGGCAUUGUCUUCUGAAGAUGCUGGCAAGGCUAGUGCUGUGCUCAGACAUUACUCCUGAUCAUCUUCUUAGCAGGAGGUCUGUUUUAAAAUGAACUAGGAAGUGUCUAUCCUUAGGGUUUCAAGAAGAGUCUUUAGCCCAAAGUUACCAUAAGAUUAGAUCUGCUGAGACAACUGAGAUCACAGUUGCACUGAUAGGUUAAUUAGGUACAGAUUAGUGUACAUCUUGGAUCACUUUAGAUUUGCGUAGAAUUGGUUAGUUAGUGUGGAUCUGUACCACAGUUUUAAAACAUGCCUGCCGACGGGAGUUACUGGACCACAGAAUGCCACACUAGAGAGUUUCAACCUGUUUAGUGGUGGAGCAGGCUCAAUGGGUCAAAUGGCCUAAUUCAGAUCCUAUGUCUUAUGGUCUUACCAACCCCUUUGCCUAUUUUAGUUCAGUAUCCUUACCACUCCUUCCCGGCCUGAUGCGUUGCUUACCGUUUGAAACUUUUAAUUGAUUUGGAAGAGAAAGUUACAGAAAUUCCAUACCCCUUGUGUGAGCCUGUGCUUUCUGUCAGAGGCUUUGAGUUGCCAGGCCCCAAUUUUUAAGGUUCCAGCUCCUUGUUUUGGAGAUGGCCUUCAGCUAUCAGUUGUUCGGUUCAGAUUUCACUCCACACUCUGCUGCUGGUGGAGUUAAGUCAAGUGUUCGAAGAUUGAAGAGCAAUGUAAGCAAUUGGGAGUAAUUGCAGUAAUGUUUCAGUUACUUUCAGGCUCACCUCUGCUGGUUCAUCAUACAGGGAUUACCUGUGUUUAUGUGAGAAGGCGACUUAGUUCCAGAUUCAACAGACAUCUGCCCUACAUAAUGGCUAUCAAUGGUUACUGACUGAAAUUUAUAUGGAAGUUUUUAUGGAUUCAAAAUUCUUACUGGUUUGGGCCUUGUAGCUGUUGGUAGGCCCCGUGUUGUGUCAACAUUCAAUAAAUUUCUCUUAAGUUAUGAAACAUAGUUUUUGUUUGUCUAAUUUCUUGACUUCAAAGUAUGUAUAUGUCACCAGAUGCUACCUGGAGAUUCAUUGUCUUGCAGGCAUUUACAGGAAAA